AUGACACGACCAAUUUGGCAGGAGGUACAAAAGUUCUGGGAGCUCGACUCGACGUUUGAAGUGAAGCGGCGCCAAACCCGAAGCCCUGUACGCACCUUCGCCUCGUGCAAAUUUGAGGAUGAGGUGCUCAGCGUGAACGGCGCGACCGACACUGGCGAGCGGCCACCAAGGGCAUAUGCACUCAGCUACGAGGAGCACCAGUCGUCGCUGCCACGCCUGCCCAUCCCACCGCUGCAGCACACCUGCGACCUGUACCUCCAGUCUAUUCAAGCCAUCGCAACUUCGGAGGAGUACUUCUAUGCCAGCAAGCUGAUGGAGGAGUUCCGCAAGCCCGGCGGCACCGGCGAGCUACUGCACAGCCUCCUCCUCAAAUGGGAUGAGACGUGCGACCAGCCGAGCUGGUUGGAGGAGUUUUGGGAUGACUCCUACAUGUGCACGCGCGACCCCAUUCCGGUGAACGUGAAUUACUUCUUUCAGCUGCGGCAACACCCACAACAGUUGGAUGCGUCCCGCUGUGUCUCGCAGGUGGGGCGCGCUGCGAGCCUGCUGCACGCCGCGACGGAGUACUACUGCUCCAUCCUGCACGGCACCGUCGCAAAGGAGUUCGAUCGAGAUGUGCCGGUGUGCAUGAGCCAAUACCGCUUUAUCUUCACCACCUCACGCGUCCCCGGUCUGCUCCGUGACCGAAAGGUAUGCUACUCUACCAGGCCCCUUACCAGCGACGAGAAGAAGUCUAAGUUCACCGAGUACGUUGCCACAGACCCCACGCACUGUGUGGUUAUUAUCCGUAACCGGUACUUCAAGGUGCAGGUGCUGCGUGGAGAUGGCACACAGUACACUGUGGAGGAACUCGUGCUAGCGCUCAAGCAGAUCGAGAAUUGUGCAACGUCUCGCAAGGAGCCCGGCGCCCCCGUUGGUCUCUUUACGACACUCGAUCGCACCGACUGGUUUCACGCACGCGAGCACCUGAAGGCGCUUGGUAACGCGGAGGUGCUCCAGGCCAUUCAGUCCGCCAUCAUUUGCUUGUGCCUUGACGGCGGGAAGGUGGCCACAGAGAGCGACGCGGCACGGCUCUUCCUUCACGGGUGUGGCACCAACCGCUGGUUUGACCGCCAUAACAUCAUUGUGACGCGGGACGGUAACGCUGGCAUCAACUGGGAGCACUCCGUGGCCGACGGCGGCACCACGCUGCACGUCGCCGAUUUCAUGUACCGAAGGGACUGCGAGCGUUUCAUGACAGAAAAUGACGUAGACGCUCUCAUGGAGCAGCACGAAAAGGCACAUGCAUGCGUGGGAAUGGUGUCGGAGCUGCAGUGGUGCCUCGAUAAGGGACUCGACGCCCUCAUGAAGGCGGCAUUUUCCGACUUCAAACUUCUUAUCGAGAGCAAUGAGAUGAACGUGCUGCAUUUUCAGCAGUUUGGGGGCAUCCGCAUCAAGAAAGGGGGCAUGUCACCAGACGCCUUUGUCCAGGUUGCGCUGCAGCUCACGUACUUUCGUCUUUUUGGGCGAAACUGCGCGACGUACGAGGCGGCAAGCACGCGCACCUUCAGUCACGGGCGGACGGAGUGCGUGCGCAGCACUACACGUGCGGUGUGGGACUUCAGCCACGCAGCGGCAAACCCCGUCUUCUCGCGGCGCGCCGGUUCCUACGUGCCGACGCAGCGGGAGCUUAUGCGCACCGCCCUUAACUGCCACACAGAAUACAUGAAGUUGGCAAAGAAGGGACUCGGCGUGGACCGCCACCUCUACGGGCUGCGGGUGAUGGCGCACAUGCACGGCAUUCCGCUGCCGGAGCUCUUUACCGACAAGUGUUUCCACCGAAGUGCGACUUGGCUCAUGUCGACAUCGCACUGUGGCAGCAGCGCACUCGACGCGUUCGGCUUUGGACCCGUGGUCGGCUCUGGCUUCGGUAUCGGCUACAUGGUCAAGGCGAAUAGUAUUGACUUUGUCAUCACGUCCAAGUGCACGCACCCUUUUACCUCCGUCUCGGUGUUCGCCUCGAUGUUGCAGUCGUCGCUCCUGCAUAUGGACACCAUUGCGCGGAGUGAGCAUGUGGGGAAUCGUGCGAGCGGCCACACGUUGGUCUUCUCACACCCGUGCGGUUUCAACGACUUUGAGUUCACGCCGCAGGACGGAUUUAUUUACCAUAGCUACGCAAAGGAAAGCCUGCGGGAGCUUGCACACGUCGUGGCGGAGGAACAAGAGAGCGGAAGUUCCCCUGACGCCUCUCUCAACGGCUGCUCUUCCGGGGUGGAAUUGGAAGUCUCGUAA